AGAAGUGCCUGACGAAAAGCUGAAAAGAGGCGAGGGGUUCGAAUCUUGUUGCAUUUGGAAAGUAAGACUAAAAUUUUGGGAUUUUGCUGCAACAAUGUCGACGGUCCGGGCUGAAGACCCUUAUUUCUUCUUCACAUGGAACGUCACCUAUGGCACCAUCUCUCCCUUGGGCGUUCCCCAACAGGGCAUUCUCGUUAAUGGUCAAUUCCCCGGACCUAAUAUCAAUUCCACAUCCAACAAUAACCUAGUCAUUAACGUCUUCAACUACCUCGACGAACCUUUCCUUAUACAUUGGAGUGGAAUUCAGCACAGGAAGAACUCGUGGCAAGAUGGACUACUUGGAACCAAUUGCCCAAUCCCACCGGGAACAAACUUCACCUACCAUUUCCAAGUUAAGGACCAAAUUGGAAGCUUCUUCUACUACCCAUCAACUGCCAUGCACAGGGCAGCGGGAGGCUUUGGUGGCCUUCGUGUGAAUAGUCGUUUACUCAUUCCUGUCCCUUAUGCUGACCCAGAAGAUGAUUAUACUGUCCUUAUCGGUGAUUGGUACACCAAGAGCCACACCGCCCUCAAGCAAUUUUUGGAUAGCGGUCGCUCCAUUGCUAGACCUGACGGUGUCCUCAUCAACGGAAAGACUGCUAAGGGUGACGGAACCGAUGAGCCACUCUUCACCAUGAAACCUGGAAAGACUUACAAGUAUCGAGUUUGCAAUGUGGGUCUCAAGUCAUCUCUCAACUUCAGAUUCCAAGGACACACCAUGAAGUUGGUAGAGAUGGAGGGGUCUCAUACCGUGCAAAACGAUUACGAAUCACUUGACGUCCAUGUAGGGCAAUGCUUUUCGGUGCUAGUCACAGCCAACCAGGAGCCCAAAGACUAUUACAUGGUUGCAUCAACUAGAUUCAUUAAGAACCUUCUUGUAGGUAAAGGCAUUGUUCGAUAUACCGAUGGAAAAGGCCCCGCCUCUCCUGAAAUUCCUGAGGCACCCGUGGGUUGGGCUUGGUCCCUCAAUCAAUUCCGUACCUUCCGUUGGAACCUCACUGCCAGUGCUGCAAGGCCUAAUCCCCAAGGUUCGUACCACUAUGGUUCCAUCAACAUUACUCGUACCAUCAAGCUCGUCAAUUCAGCUAGUAUGGUGGAUGGUAAACUAAGAUAUGCCAUCAAUGGUGUCUCUCAUGUUGAUCCUGAAACUCCAUUGAAGCUUGCAGAGUACUUUGAAAUUACUGAUAAGGUGUUCAAGUAUGAUACCAUUUCUGAUGAGGGGCUAGCAGAAGGUGCAACCACUGUGACAGUUGCUCCGAAUGUUGUUAAUGCAACCUUCCGCAAUUUCAUUGAAAUCAUUUUUGAGAACCACGAGAAGAGCCUCCAAUCAUGGCAUUUGAAUGGUUACUCAUUCUUCGCUGUUGCCAUUGAGCCUGGGAGAUGGUCUCCGGAGAAACGAGCCAACUACAAUCUUCUUGACGCUGUGAGCAGGCAUACAAUCCAAGUCUUUCCUAAGUCGUGGGCAGCCAUACUUCUUACAUUUGACAAUGCUGGGAUGUGGAACUUGAGGUCUGAGUUGACAGAAAACCGUUACUUAGGACAACAACUCUACAUCAGUGUGCUUUCACCCGCUCGUUCCCUCAGAGAUGAGUACAACAUCCCAGACAAUACUUUGCUAUGUGGUUUAGUGAAGGACAUGCCAUUACCAAAACCAUAUACCAUUUGAGAUGAUCUAUCCAUCCUUCCUCACUCCAAAUGGGAUAUUAUGAUACAUAUUAAGUAAUUUUGGAGAAGCUGAAUUUUAUUGUAUAUGAUUGGUUGCGAGUAAACAAUAAAAGAAUAUUUCCUUAUAAUUA